AUGCAAGCGGAGCGACUGAUUCUUGAGCGUGUUUUUCACUGAUUCUAAUAGAAGAAAACAUUUAUCGUACGUGGUUUGUAUCAACCGUCAGCACGUCACGCAUGUGUUUAUUUGGCAAAUAUCAAAACGACGAGAUAAAUUAUCAUACGAAAUGUCUGGUAAAUAGAAUACAAUCCAUAAUUAAAAUUGACAUCAGUGAUAUCAUCAUCGCAAUUCGAAUAUUUUUUUUUUCUUUCACCAGUACGGUGAAAAUCAAGUGACUCAAAACUGGUUAACGCGAAACAAAAACAAUUACACAUUUGUCUUGUCAAGAAUUUGUGUUGAUUCAAAACGUGAAAUGUUCGAGUAAAUUGCUUGAGUUACGUGUAUCUUUUUUAAUUUUGAUCGACGAAAAAAAAGAGCGAAGGCAACGACGACAAGCAGUAAAAGUGAAGUGAAAUUGUUAGAGCGCUGAAAUAGAAAGAUAUUCACGAGAAAGAAGCAAUCAAUUUUGCUACACUAUUGCCAUUAAUGUGAAUAUUUAUUUGCACUUUGCGCUGUUGUAGUUGUUGUUGUUUAUUUGUUUGUUUGAGUGUGCAAAGUUACUUUUUUUCGUUGUUGCUACUGCUGUUGUUUGCUGCAUGUUCUUUCUCCGGCACAUUUUAAAUGUUUGAAUGUGUGCGCGAACAUUAAUCAAACACCGUAACAUGUAGUGAAGUGGAUUACAGUCAAAUAAAAACGUAUACGAACGAAUCGAAAUACAGAGAGCGAGAAAAGAGAAAGACAGACAUAGCAAUAAUACGUUCGCAAAAACUGAAAAAGAAUAUUAAUGUUGCUUUGAAUCAAGCAAACGAACAGACACACACAGCUACUUGUUGUGAAUUGGCUUUGCAAAGCAAAAGGCUAAGUUCAAGCUACGCGAAUCGAUUGUAAAUAUUGGCGAUGCUUGUCUAAAGACAUUUCAUAUUUGUUUGUGCAAGAAAAAGAACGAAGAAAAAAGUCUCCGGUUAGUAUAUGUUCGAUUGAGCGUAGAUUGAAAUACACAGAGAUUGAUAGCAAUUGAUAGCGGUUUGAAAUAAGAAAAAAAAAGAGAUGAAGUAAACCGAUGAGUGAAUAAGUGUGAAUUGACAUCCCAUUCAGUAUAAAUCAUCAAAUACGUGAUUAAAACAUAAAGUUUUCUUUAUAUUUAACAUAAAAACAUCGAUCGUAUUACAAACACGGCAAAUGACAGAAUCACAACAACAACAAAAAUUGUGUCAUUUUUAUUGCAUAAAUCAUCAAUUGAUUGCAGUCGUUUAAUAAUAAAGUGCAAAUAAAACCAAUCAUAAUAAUAACCAACAACGACCGACAACAACAAUUUUCAAUGAAUUUCAUUUAUACAUUUCAGGCACGACAAUUGCUAUCGCGGAAUUUAAUGAUUUGAAAGACACACAUUUUCAUACAUUUUUUUUCUUCAAAAGUGAGUCACACGUGAACUGAAGGUGAAACUGAAAAUAAAAUUGUUAUUAAAGAGAGAGAGCAAAACACAAUUUUUUUUUCGUUCAACAGUGAAUAAAGUUUGAUUUCCUAUAAAAGUGCUUGUUUUGCGUGAAUUUUUUGUUUUCUCCUCUUCACCCAUCAUCACGAUUACAUUGAAUUUGUGGAUGUGCGACAAAAGAGAUAUUUUUUCGUACUUGAAAUCUGUGGAAUAUUCUCAUCGUUCGGUCCAUUUCGCCAAACAAAACUCAAAGUAUUAAACCGGUAUCGAACAUCCAUAUAUUUUAUAUUCCAUUCAAUAAACCACGUGAAUUUACAUAGAAAAAGAAAAAGUUUAUCUGGGAGAGAGAAAAUUGUUAUGCGAGUUGGCAUUUGUGAGAGUUAAGUGAAAAAAAAAAUUGAAGAAUAACAAUAACCGAAAAUAAGUGAAAAAAAAGAAGAAUUCAAGAGUGAACUUUAUCAAAGUUUGUGUCGAUUUUCAGUGAAUUUAAAGAACAAAUUUUGCACGAGUGCCAUUCCAAGUGAACGAAGUUUUCGACAUUGAACUUUGUGUGCAUUGAUAAUAAGACGGGAAAAAUUGUUAGUCAACAUCCCAUAGAUACAGAGUUGCCAUCAAACAAUUGCACAAAUUUCGAACUGCCGGUUUGCUACCCUUUGGUGAAAUGGUCAGCAUACAAACGAUUCGUAUACUCUAGUUAAUCGACACGAAAAAGAAAACAAAAAAAUAUCACCGACACUCUUACCUGAAUACCGAAUAUUGACGUCAGAGCCUAAACCCGUUCCGAAGAAAAAUAUUUCGAUUCGUGAUGGUUAUUGAUCCAUAAAACAAAGUAGACGGCAUUUUCAUUGCAUGUUAAAACAACAGCGUUGAAUCGAAUACGAUUUGCUUCCGUUUUUCGCGAUAUAUACUGAUUUUUCGCUGACAAAUAACAUCAAAUAAACAUUGAUCUUUACUGUGCAACGUAUUCACCAAAUUGAUAUUUAUACGUCAACGGUGCUAUAAAAAAACGGACUGAUCUUGUGGAGAAAGGGAUUUUUCUUUUCGUCAUUAUCAAGCGGUUUCCCAUUACUCGCAUUUUGACCUAAUAAAAGGGAGACUAUAAAUAUACAACAGCCAAGAUAAAAGGAGACAAAACAUUGGCGGCAUUGCGUCAUUGGGUUUCAUCAAAUAUUUCGUUUAGAACUUCAGAUGAACUACCAGGAGAAAUUUUACCGCACCGAAAAAUUAAAAUAAAAAAACACAUAUACAAGCACACACCCAAAACAUAAAAUUUGAAACGUAGAUUUAAAUUGAGCCAAUGAGGACACAGCAUACAUGAUGGCAACAUUGAGGAUAUAUGGAAUAAUUUCAAUGCAACCAAAAAUGACGUUAACAUCCAUAUUUGUCAUGAUUACGGCAAUUUUAGCGAUGGUCCAACCAUCUGUUGGCGAUGCCGAAUGGAUGACUGAUUGUGGCAUAUGUCAUUGUAAAUGGAUUUCGUCAAAGAAACAGGCCGACUGUAAAAAUACAUCGUUGAUAUCGGUGCCACGUGAAAUGAGUGUUGAACUACAAGUGAUCGAUUUAUCAUUCAAUGUCAUACCUGAAUUGCGAUCGAACGAAUUUAAAGAUGCCAAUCUACCGAACUUGCAUAAAAUUUAUAUGCGAAACUGUACACUGCAAGAGAUCCAUCGUGAUGCAUUCAAAGGAUUGCAUUUGCUUAUCGAAAUGGAUUUAACGAAUAAUUUUUUGAAAGUGUUGCACCCGGGCACGUUCACUGACGUGAUACGAUUACGUGUAUUGAUUGUAACACACAAUCAAAUCGAAUAUUUGGACGACAAUCUGUUUGAAAAUUUGAGCUUUUUGGCCAAAGUUGAUUUUCGAUAUAACGAAUUGAAAUCAAUAAGUCAGCACACAUUUGUGAAUGUGUCAACCAUUCGUGAAAUCGAUUUGGAGAAUAAUCAAUUAACGGUUCUUAAAGAGGAAUCAUUUCGUGGUAUGAAUAAUUUGCGCAGUUUGACAUUGAAUCAAAAUCCAUGGAAUUGUACAUGUGAAUUGCAAGCAUUUCAACAAUUUGCAAUUGCACGCGGAUUGUAUACACCGCCAACCGAUUGCUAUUUGCCCAUGAAUUUGCGCGGCAAACUUUGGACCGAUGUACCGCCCGAUAAUUUUGCAUGUCGACCAGUCAUUGUGUUUCCACACGAUGGUUUAACCAUUGAUGCGACCAAUGAAAAUAUGACAAUCGCUUGCCGAUUGAAAGGUUCGCCAAGACCACAAAUCGAAUGGAUGUACAAUAGUCGUCCAUUGAAUCCAGAGGAUCAACGAAUCACCAUUCGCAAUGCUGAAGAAUCAAAUCGACGUGAUUCGGCCGAUUAUUAUGUGUCCGAACUUGUGAUUGUUGGCGUAAAAACGGAAGAUCGCGGCAUGUAUACUUGCGUUGCAAAAAAUACUGGUGGUGAGGCAAAGGCUGACAUCCAUGUUGCUGUACCGCCUGUUGUGGAAUCACUCGACGGAUUGGGCAUUAUUGGAAGCACUGCCGGCAUUCCCACCACAAAUCCAACCAAUUUACUCUUUAUCGUCUGUUUGAUUGCCAUCGUUUUAUUGACAUUACUCAUAAUUAUCGUAUUAAUUUUAUGCUGUUAUUGUCGUCGCGUAAAGAAAUACUCGAAAAAUGGUUCGAUCAGUGAAAAUGGUUUGGUUUCAAGCAAAGUUGAUCGCUCAACAGACGGUUCGAUGCUUGAAGGUUCGGUCAUUAUGGAAAUGCAGAAGAGUCUAUUAACCGAAGUGAAUCCAGUUGAAAAACCACCGCGACGAAGUGAAACUGAUGGUAAAAGUAUACCAUCUGAUGAUACGCAGGAAAUUAAGAAAACACUAUUGGAUGAACAAUCAUAUGGUCAUCUUGAAGACGAAACGCACUCAAUCGCUUUGUCGGACACAACGCCACGGUCACGCGCAACAUUUGUUGAUGAUGGAUGCGGUACAAAUCUUCCGCCCGAUCUUUUAUCGUUCCCAUCACGGUAUCCACCAUCAUCGUCGACACAAAGUUCAAUUACAAAUAUUCCCGAAUGUAAUUUAUACAUUAAAUCGCCGAUCGCAAGUCCAAUAUAUCAGCACAAUGCUUAUGCGGUACAACAGGCCGGCUAUCGAACAUUACAACAUCCGAAAAAUCGAAAUUUGGCCAUUAUCAAUCGUACCAGUUCACCAUUUCAACCGGCACCAAUAUUGUAUGCACCAAUCAUGAUGAAACAACAAGGUUAUGUAACAAUACCACGUAAACCGCGAACACCAAGUUGGGCACCAUCGAUUGCAUCGACGUUGGUCGAUUUUCCACCGACAUCGCCAACAUCAACAAUAUCCACAGAAUUGGCCAUCGAUCCAAUUUAUGAUAAUCUUGGUUUGCGAACAUCGGCCAGCGGCCAUUCAGCAUUGAGUGUAAAAAAAGCACAACAACAACAACAACAACAGCAGCAGCAGCAGCAACAACAACAGCAACAUCAAUGCCAACACCAACCGAUGGCCGUUUCGGUGUCCGGUUCAUUGGAUCAAAUGGGCUGUGCCGGACCAAGUUAUACGAUGAAAGAUCGCCCAUUGCCGGCGACCCCACGAAUUUAUGAGCCAAUACAGGAACAACAAAUAUUCCCGAAUGGCGGCGAAUUGAGCGGCAUGAACGAUGAAACCGAAUUGCUAUUCAAUAAAUCAAUUGAACCACAUCCAAUUAUAGUUAGCGCAAAUGCAAUUAAUAAUAAUCUAAUUUCAAAUAUAAGCACAUCUAAUACAAAUCUAAGUAAUAAUAGUAACAAUAAUAAUCCGAAUACGAAUGGUAUGGCGGAUAAAUCGACGACGUCGGUAUCAAAGGUACCGCCACGACCACCGCCAAAACCAAAAAAGAAAAUGCCAACCAUAUCAGCGAUCACCGAAAAUCCCGAAUUAGCUGCCGAUGGCAAUCAACUAUUUCAAGAUGAAUGCGAAGAUGGCACAGAAGUCUAAAAAAGACCAUUAAACACACAUACAAGAUUUGUCUCUAUCAAUUAACCGAGUUCACAGAUCGAUCGAACCGAAUUUGGAAUUUCAUAGAUUUCUCUCACAUUCACACAAAUAAUUCGGCUUGAGCAAUUUCGGUUUCCAAUUCUAUUUGAUAUUGAAAAUUGUUGUUGACUUUGUAUCAUAAUCAAAUACUACACAAUCACAUCAAUUGAAAAUAGAACACUUUUAUUAUUCAACCAUACAAAGAAAGAAAAACCACACGAUACAUUCACGAAUUAUGUUGUAUGGAAUUUUGGAUUGUGUCUAUUAAAACAAAUAAAUAGUAGAAAAUAGUUUGGCAUGAAAUGGUACAUCCACUGAAUGAGAUAAAUGAUACAUUUAAUAAGAGACAUAAAAAAAUCCUUUCACAUUUUAAGAACAAAACACAGUUUUAGUCUGUAAGCAAGAAAUGAUGAAUGUUAAUUAAGUCAAAAUGAAUUGAAUAUAGUUGAUUUUUAUUUCCGAUUGAAGAAAAAACAGAAAAAACACGACGAUGAAACUAAAUUAAUAAAUUAAAAAAAAAAUAAUAAUUUGUAAUAAAAAAAUUAGUUUCGUAAGAAAUUGUAUGCAAUUAGAUAAAAAAAAUUAUGUAUUUUUUCUUUGCAUUUUUUUAUAUUUUGAUUUUUAAUUAUCAGUUUUCAAGCCUGACUAAGGAUUUUAUUUAUGCGCAAAAGGGCAUACAAUUGCUAUAUAUCCUUGGGCAAAGCUAAAAAUGCCAUGAACAAAUUUCGUUUUUUUUUUUAAUUUCAAUCACCUCAACAACGGCCACUUACUCAAAUGCAUAUUUUUUUCGAUUAAAAUAGGAAACAUUUUUGUCAUUUUCUUCGACUCGAAAAGAUUCCAAAAUGAUUUAUUUUGCUUACAUUACACUGGUGUCUACCCUGUAGCAAUAAAUACAUGAGCAUAAGUGAGUGUUUUUAAACUGGCAAAUCAAUUUAAUCAUAGAGACAAGAUCAGAACCAAAUUAUCGGUCGAUGCAUGAAAUUGUAAUUUAUAUUAUUAAAUAAAAAUUGAACAGCACAAAAAAGUGAUGACUUUGACUGUACAAUACUAUGAAUGGAAAAAUUACCACGUAUAUAAACUUGAUGUCUGUUGUACACGUAAUUUUAACCAUGUUUAUUUUUUCUCAUCAACAAAGCUAUCAAAAUACAAAACCCACACUACCACAAAAUGGAAAAUCUAUUGUAAAUUUAAAAGAAAAAACAAAUAUUGCAGAUGAUAUAUAAAAAUAGUUAUAAUGCAACCUAAUUAAAAUUCUAUGUGUGAUUUUUUGAAUGAAGUCAAAUGUAAAAAAAAAAAAUAAUCCAUUUUUGGAAAAUCAUUCUCACGUUAUAGAGCUUUAUGUGACCCAUCUUUUUGUUGUUUCUGGUUCCGAUUACAUCUGGCCCCCUUCCAAACACCAUGGAAUGGUCUGGAUUUUUGUAGUGCAUUUUGCAAUUGUGCCAAUCGACUGAAUUCAUUUAAACAUUUCUUCUUCAAUUGACUUAAUCAUUUUUUUUUUAUUUUGCGCGCACUUCGACCAAAAAACAACCAGUUUUGAUUUAGUGCAAGCAUCUUUUUUUCUCGUUCUUUUUUUUUGUAUUUUUCCCCUUUCGCAAACAGAUAUUCUGUGUGUGUAUCUUCCAAAUGUGAUGAUUAAGCAUUCGAUUUAUAAAUCGAUGUGAUUUUCAAAUUCAAAACGAAAAUCGACUAAAUAAGCAUGAGAUAAAAAAUGAACCCUUGAGAGAAUAUCAUUAGAAUUUCUGUGUCUUGCCUUUGAAACAAAAAAUAUAUAUAUAAUGACCUAGGAUCAACAAGAGAGAUCCGCUCUUACUCUUAUAGUUAAAUGAAAUUGUAAUUUAUCCAUACACACUCGAAAAACACAUUUUAUUUUUAAGUUAAGUUUUAAUGCAAAUUACAAAUUACAUUACCUUUGCGCAUAUGAAUGUAGUGUGUAAGUGAAGUUUCUCUUUUUGUUGUUGGAGUGGGCUCAAGUUUUGGCGCUACAAAAACCGUUUAUUUUCAAACGAGUUUCAUUUAUACUUUUUCCCUUUGUGCGCGCAUCACUUGAAUAACACAAAACAUCCGAACUAUUUUCUAAGUUUCUUUUUUAAAUAAGUAAAUUAUAUUCGAUUUAACCAUUUUUUUUAUUCGUUUGCCUCUUUAUUUUAACUAUCUUUUUUUCAAU